AUGUGACCAGGUCCCAUGACUGCCGCGGGCGCGACAACCCCUGUCCUACCCCGUACCGACUCUGUCUCUCCCGUCCUGCCGACUGCACACACACAACAUGAAGUCUCUCCGCGUCUUGGCCGUCCUGGCCGCCGUCUUGGGGGUUGCCAUGGCAACAGCCCCCAUGCUCCGGCUGGACUCCAAAACCGCCAUCCCGAAUGAGUACAUCGUGGUCCUACAGAAGAACCUCACGAACUACGCAGUGGGUAAGCACAUGAACAGCGUGAAGACACUUCUCACCGGCACAAACGACACCAAGAUUCUGUUCGAGCACAACUUCCGCUGGUUCAAAGCCUACUCCAUCCGUACCAACCAGAAGAUGAUACGCCACCUAGCGGAACAGCCUGAGGUGCGGUACAUCGAAGCCAAUCAGGUGGUGAAGGCUUACCAGGCGCAGUGUCAGGACCAAUUGGAGGCCACCUGGGGCCUGGUCAGGACCGUCGAACGUGACCUUCUGUUGGAUGGAAUCUACCACUACCAAGGUGGAGAUGGAGAGGGUGUUGACGCCUACAUCAUCGACACUGGUAUCUACACUGAGCACUCUGAGUUUGGCGGCAGAGCAAAAUGGGGAGUCGACACGGUGGACACGCCCAGUCCGGAGACGGACGAGAACGGACACGGAACUCACGUGGCCGGUACGGUCAUGUCUGACGCCUGGGGUCUGGCUAAGAAGGCGACCGCCAUCGCCGUCAAGGUGCUGAGUAGGAGCGGGUCUGGAUCUACUGCCGGAGUUAUUGAGGGGGUGGAGUGGACCGGUCAGCAGCAUAGCGGGAACAACAAGAAGUCUGUGGCAAACAUGUCGCUAGGUGGCGGCCGAUCAGAUGCCAUGAACGAGGCUGUGAAGGCGGUUGUGGAGGCGGGCGUGGUUAUGGUGGUUGCUGCUGGCAACGAGGGCUGGGAGGCGUGUAACGUUUCUCCGGCCAGCGAGCCUACAGCGAUCACGGUGGGAUGUUCCGAUAACGAAGACGACUUCUGUUUCUUCUCCAACUACGGAACCUGCAUGGACAUCAUCGCUCCGGGUCAAGACGUCACUUCCGCCUGGAUCGGCGGACAGUUUGCCGACAACACCAUCUCAGGCACCUCCAUGUCUGCCCCUCAUAUCGCUGGUAUUGUUGCCAAGUACAUGAGCCGUCAGUCCUCCGUCCCGUCCCCUGAGGAGGUCAAGGACUUCCUGCAGACCACCUCUACCAAGGACAAGAUCAACCAGAUCCCGUCCAACUCUGACACCCUGAACUACCUGGGCUUCAUGGACUGUGGCGGCGGCCCUGACGUCUGAGCACGCGCGGAAAGAUUCUGCAGUGCACUGUGCAAGCCACGUAAUGGGCAUCGAAAAGGAAGUUUUGUGUUUCUCGUCAAUUUUUCAUUUUUUUUCGUGCCUGUUUUCGAAAUUUUGUAUUCAAGAGACAAAAUUCUGUAAAGGACCGAGGAAGAGAAGAUUACACAGCAGAAAACUCGACGUUUUGGGUCAUUUAGAUGUUUAUUGCUACAUUUUAGGAAAAAAAUCCAUGUUAAGUGACGAGAAACAGAAAAAUGACUUCUCCACGCCCAUGCUAGAUGAAAUGUUGCCAAAUAUGUUUAAAUUUGGAGUAAAUUUGAAACUUAAAAUUUCAGGGAAUUUCUAUGAAUUUUUAUCUAUGUAACCGAGAGAUGUGCAAUGUAUUUUUGUAAAUGAAAGCAAUGCUAAUAAAGAAAACACUAUGCUGCA